AUGUCUGCCCCCGCUUCCACACACGAAUUGCUAUCCGUCGUUUCCACCUCACAGGCUCCCGCAGCGAUCGGGCCGUACGCACAGGCUAUCAAAGUAGUCGAGGGUGGCGUUGUAGCUCAAACUGAGCGAGCCUUGAAGAACCUCAAGGCUGUCGUCGAGGCUGGUGGAUCAGAGUUGGGCAAGGUCGCGAAAACCACGGUUUUUUUGAAAUCAAUGGACGAUUUCGUUGCCGUGAACGGCGUGUAUUCCAAUUUCUUUGGUAGCCACACACCUGCACGGUCAGCCGUUGAAGUUGCUCGGCUGCCAAAAGACGUUCUCGUAGAGAUCGAAUGCAUUGCAAGGCAAGUCUUCUACGUUUGCCACCUUACGAUGUUGCAUACCGACCCAACAACCAUGUAG